CGAGGAAAUGCAGCGAGCUCAAGUUUGCAAAACGUACAAAUUCUUUACAGGAAGAAAAAUAUAAAACCUAUGAAAAAUAUCGAUUAUAUAACUAAAACUUAAGAGCAGGACUUCUGUCACUUCGAUUCACUGGAUUUAAGGAUCUUGACUGAAGGGACGUUGGCCACACCAACCACAGCAUGGAUUAUGAAGAUGCCCACAAUGGGCAUGGGCAGCCUGGGGCUCACUGUCCUAAUCUAGCCAAAAAUAUAAUAGGCGCCGAGGAUGAAGACUUUGAAAAUGAACUGGACCAGACAGUAGAUGAUCAGUGCAGUCAUUUUAACAGCAUUGAACUGUUAAAAAACAGACCCACCCAUCUGCUGGCCUUUGUGCAUCACGUCAUCCUACAGUUUGACUGUGCUCCUUUGUUGUGCUACCUGCAUGCUGACCUCUUUAGGAACCUCAGUUCAAAAGAAACUAAGAAGCAGUUUGUGGAGUUCUACAACAAUUUCCUGGACAAAGGCGCAAUUCUCCGAGUAGCAGUACCAUCUCACAUAACAAAUGAGUUAGAUCGAACUCGCCCAGACCUAAUCAGUGAAGACAUGCAGAAGCGUUACGUUCAGGAAGUGCAGAACAUGCAUACAUUAGAAGUGCUGCGACAGCUUGAGGACUUCAGACAAAAGAGAAUGAUGGGAAUGACCCCGAAUGAAUCUGAGCUGACUGAGGUUGAGAAUCAUCGUCCAACAGAACGUGUCCCCAGAGACAUGAAGGAAAAAGCAGUUGCUGAGAGGCUGGUAGAAAAGUUGUUUGAGAGCAACCCUUCAAUUGUUGCCGAUGUUGAAAAGGGUUCAGCCAUCUUUGGUGCAGUGGCUUACUAUAUGAAGCACCUUGGAGUGAAGACCAGAGCUCCAGACAGCAAGAAGGGCAGAGGGUUUUUCAGGUGGAAGCCUGCAAAAAAUGAAGAACCUAAGCGUAUGCGGAGCAUAUUUACUGAGGCAACCCGGUAUCUACCCUCAGUACGGAGCAAUGUUGAGCCCAAAAGAUUGGACACUGAAGGUGAUAAGGAUAAGAACAGUAAUGACAGGAAGGGUGCUGGAAGCAUACCACCACACCGUGGCUCCACUUCUGAAGGCGGUUCUGCACCCUUUCCGGUUCGGAAGCCCACUUUGCCAGUGCAGGUCACUGUUCAGGUCACAGAUUCUGGUGACGUGCCAUUUAUCAACAGUGUGAUCUCCAGCACUGACACUUCUCUCACUGAUCUGAGUGUAAACAGCAGUCGCUCAGAUAUUUCGUCUGUGUCAGAUGGAGGGGAUGUGUCUCCUGCAAGCCACAUUGUUGGCAUCUCCAUUUCGGAGCCUCCAGCUACUACUGACACCCCAGCAGAGGAGAUUUAUGAGAAAGAAAGUCUGGACGCACCAAUGUUUUCACCCGAAGUUCCAGUGAGUAGCCCCGUCUCUGGACCUCUAGUUCAGCAGGAAGAGUUAGAGCCCCGUCUUGUUGAACUUGAGCAGGACCCACCUAACUGGAAAGAGCUUGCUUCCAGUGAUGUUCUCAGCAAUCUAACCAAAAAAGAAAUUAAAAGGCAGGAAGUCAUUAAUGAGUUAUUUAUAACAGAGCAUGCCCAUGCGCGCAUGUUGAGUGUACUGCAGACAGUGUUCGCUCGUCCAAUGGAACGGGAGGGGUUCAUGGACGCUAAUGAAUUGCAGACAUUGCUCCCCAGUCUCGAGGACAUUAUAGACAUUCACUAUGCUUUUUAUGAGAAUCUGAAAAAGCUACGUGAGCAAGAUGGCUAUGUUGUCAAAACUAUCAGCACUCCGCUCCUUAACAGAUUUAAAGGAUCAGAGGGCGAGUGGUUUCAGAAGCUUACAUCUCGUUUCUGUAGUCAUCAGUCCUGGGCACUGGUUCAGCUUAAAAGCAGACAGAAGAAAGAUCCCCGCUUUAAUGCCUUUAUACUGGAGGCUGAGAGUAAACCACAAUGCAGAAGAUUACAGCUGAAGGACAUUAUCCCCACUGAGAUGCAGAGACUAACAAAGUACCCACUACUUUUGGAAAAUAUUGCCAAGAGCACAGAGGACAAUAAAGAGAAACAAAACAUCCAGCAAGCUGCUGAGUGCUGUCGUAAAAUUCUAAACCAUGUUAAUAAAGAAGUGAAACACAUGCAGGAUUUUUGGACCAUUAAAGAGUAUCAACGCAAACUAGACACUUCAGGGCUGAAGCCGAGCAAUGAACUCUACACUGAGUACAAGAACUUUGACCUGACCACAAGGAGUAUGCUGUAUGAAGGGCCGCUGACCUGGAGGGUUACCAAAGAAAAAGCUCUAGAUGUACAGGGUGUGCUACUGGGAGACCUGUUGGUCCUGCUGCAAAAGCAAGAUGACAAGAUGCUGUUAAAAUGCCAAAGUAAAAGUAAUAUUGCUGUACAAGAGGGUAAACAGAUGCUCAGCCCCAUCAUUAAGCUGGAUUCUGCUUUCCUCCGAGAGGUGGCCACAGAUCGCAAAGCUUUCUAUGUUAUCUUCACUUGGGAUAGUGGAGCACAGAUCUAUGAGCUUGUGGCCCAGUCUGUAGCAGAAAGAAAAAUAUGGACAGAUGAGAUCAAGUCAGCGGUUGAUAAGUUAAAGAAGAGUGGUGGUCACACCUUGGACAGGAUGAGGCUUGGCAGCAUGCCAGCAAGUGCCUCAGCAUACAGAUCCUUGCAUCCCUCUCUCAGCCCUACAGAAAAUGGAUCUGACCCGCUAAAAAAUAACACUGGUCAGUACAAAGACAGCCCCACUGAUGAAAAAUGCAGGAACUCUCAACCCUCACUGAUUGACUUUCUUACUGCCAACGGAUUUGAUCCACUCUGCAUCCCUUCAGAAAAGUCAGCCACUGUGGCUUUAGAAGAAGUCAUUUCCUUAAAGAGAUUGUUAAUUAGUCACAUGCCUGAGGAUGCCAGCCCUGAUGAAGAAAGGGAAGUAGGGCUGGAAAAACAGGAGCAUGACACUGAUGAAAGCCAAUCACAAGCAGAAGAGCACAAGACAGAGGGGCAGGAGGAACGAGAAGGAGAAAAUGCAAAAUCAGAAGAGGAGAAAAAGAAUUCUGCUCCUUUAGUGCUUUCACAGGAACAGAUGGAUGAAGUCUCCAGGAGACUGCACAAUCUGGAAGAUCAAGUAAAGCAAUUACAGAAUUUGGAAGAGGAUUAUCACCGGCUGCAAGAUGCUCUCGCAAAAUUUACCAUUCAUGCAGUCGGCUAUAACUGAGAAACAAUCCAACCUGCUGGUCACCAGGUGAUUCCAUCACUACUGCUGCAUCAGACUGAUUUACAGGUGUAGUGAUGUAAGGUCAGAGAAGCUGUAUAAAGAAAGAUUUCAUUUUGUGUGAUUUCUGAUUUUGUGUAUGAUAUCGUUUAAACAUGGUUUACACAUUCUAUUCUUCAUGAAAUUCUGUUCAAUUCUGCUGCCUCUGUUAGUCAUUGUGUAUAUAGUAGGUCACUAUCUCCUUGAUCACUGAUUAUGGUUAUUGCUUUUUCAUCUAUUAUUAUUUUUUUAUAUUCCUGCUUUAUUUUGGAUUGACUAUAGCCAGCAUUUAAUCUUUUAUUAAGGUGAAACUGGCUUACUGGAGACAGUAAAAAGGAAACUCACCAGAAUUGAAAUGAUUGGUUAGACUUUCCUGGCUGAGUUUGUUAAAUAUAAUAUGGGAUGUUCUUAAUAUAAUAUAAUAUAAUAUAAUAUAAUAAUAAUAGUACUGCAGAAAUUGGGCUUAAAAUAGUAGAACAUACAUAUAAUGCAACUUACUGUUUGUUUUAAGCAGGCAGUAGUUAACUUACUCAUCCUUCUGUCAUCUGCAUUUUAUUAUGUAGUGUUUUAAACUUGGCUUUGUUUUGAUUUGGAUUGGCAGGAGGCACUUUAAUUGGCAUACCCUUUAUAAAGAAUUAUUUAUUAAUCAAUGUAAAAUGCAAAGUGUAAAGACUGCAUUUGUAGAAGGUGCAAAGUCAGAACAUUACUGGUCAAGGUAACCAGUAGCACAUAUACUAAAAUUGGAACGAAACAGAGAAGAUUAGCAUUGCCUCUGCACAAAAUCGUGAAGCGUAACCAGUAUUUAUCAAAUUGGAUCGCAUGUUGGAGGGGGCGUGUGUUAGUCACGGUUAUUUUUGGGCAGGGUGCAUCAGUAGAGAGGAAGCGAAAUGCAGUCAGGUAAUUGGACAUGACUAGAUUGGGCCAAAAUUUAGGGAAGAUGCAAAAAAAAUUUAAAUGUUUUAUGUAACUUUUUUUUUUGUGUUUUCAAUAAAAAGAAAUUAUCAUUUGAAUAUCUGCCAAGGAUGUGUGUGUUCUGCCACUUAAGCCCAAAUUGUAAAAAGGGGGUGUUAAGUAGAGCUGAAAGAUAAAAGGUUAAUGUCAUUAUAAAAAUAUGACUUUUGUAGGUUAAAGCAGAGUAAAAUGGGUAAAACAGUGUAAGCAAUUCUGUGUAUGUAGCAAAAUACUGAAUUGAGUAAAAGAGAAUUUAAAGGAUGAUAAACAGGUGGUGUUUUUAUUAUUGUGCAGCAUUUUCACGUGCAGAAUAAGUUGGUGGUGGUCCCUGAGGAUGCAUUGUGUCUUUAGCAUGUAUGUGUAAAACAACAUUUUUUUUUUUUUUUUUUAAGUAGAUACUUUUAUUUUCUAAUUGUGACAGAUAUGAACAGUUAUAUUUCAGUUGUGUUGUUGCCGGGAAUAUUGUUAAAUAUGUUGUUAUAUAACAACAUAUUUAACAAUGCAUUGGGAGGCUCAGCGGUUAAGGUAUUGGACUAGUAAUCAUAUGCCCCACCACCACCAAGUUGCCACUGGUGGGCCCCUGAGCAAGGCCCUUAACCCUGAAUUGCUUAAAUUGUAUUCAGUAAUAAUUGUAAGUUGCUGUGGAUAAAAGCGUCUGCUAAAUGCUGCAAGUGUAAAUGUCUAAUUCUACAUGAACAUAUGAGCAGAUCAAGCAGGUCAGUCAGAAAUGAUUGUUUUCAAUAAAUUACAAAUGAAUGUAAAAUACAUGAUAUAACUGAUAUAAUGCUGGUGUAAAGGAAAUGGUAGUGGGUUUUGGCAUGGUUGUAUAUAUACAUGUUUGUGAUACAGUGCUGUAAAAAAUAAUUUGCCUUCAACCCCAAAUCUACCCCCCCCCCCCUCCCCACUAUUUCCUCCCUUGUCAGACUAAAUGGUUUCAGAUCCUUAUUCAAGUGUCAUAUAAACACAAAACAUUUAUUUACUGAUUAUUUUAUUUACUAAAGAACAAGCUUUUCACCCAUGUGGAAAAAGUGAUUGCCCUCCUAAACUUAUUGCCUGCCACCUUUAGUAUCAACAACUGUAAUAAAAAGUUUCCAAUAACAGUAAUUAAUGGGUUUUUAUGAAUUAACUAUCAAUUAAACGUCCAUCAACAGAAGUCAAAGGGGUUUAAAUAAGUCAUAGAUUUA